AUGAACGCCGCCGCCGGCGCCAGCGGAUGCCGGGCGCUCGUCCCGGGGCUGGCCGGGCGCCUCGCUCGGACGCGGUCGGGCUCAUCUCGGCUGCGCGCCAAGACGGCCCCGCCGCCGGAGCGGCCCCGGGCCGUCGCCUCGGCAGUGCAGCGAUCGGCAGGCAAGGCGAUGCAGCUGGCUCUCGGGGGCUCUUGCCCCGCAGCCGACCAUCUUGCGCGGCGCAGUGGGCCAGUGGCGCUCAUGCCGGCUGGAUCGGCCUGGGGGCCAUGGGCUACCCCAUGGCGGCCCACGCGGCCCGCCAGGUCGCCGCCGCGGGCGGCGGCUCGCAGCUCCGCGUCUGGAACCGCACGGCCAGCCGGGCCGCCGAGCACGCCGCGGAGCACGGCAGC